UAUGGAGUGAUGUUGCUUUGGAUGAACAUAGUGCUUUCAUGCACUGUUUUAUCAGUGGCAUAUUCUGGGUAUGUUUGUGAUUUCGAAGUGUAUAAAUGUGGAGCCUUUGCUCCAGGAGACAUAUACAUAGGAAUGCUCAGCUCCUGUUUUGCUAAAGUGGAGAAUCUUUAUUCACGAGGAGCUCCAGACAUUUACAACUGCUCAGAAUUUAAUCUUGUGUCAUUUGUCAGGAUGCUUUCCUUCAUCCACACCAUUGAAACCAUUAAUAAUUCCAGCUUCCUGCCUGGGGUACGCAUUGGUUACUACAUCUGUGACACUUGCUGCGAUGCUUCGAAAGCAAUACAGAGCACAAAGCACCUACUGGAAUUAAACUUCACUGAAACUGACGAGUGUGAGCUCAAUCAAAACCACAAGAUUAAGGCGAUCGUCGGAGCACGGUACUCUGAAGUGUCGAUCAGCGUGGCUCGCUUUCUGAGCCUCUACAUGGUGCCGCAGAUAAGUGCAAGCUCGUCUGCAGAAGCAUUGAGUGACCGUCUGCGCUACCCUUCCUUCCUCCGCACCAUACCCAGCGAUAUCUACCAGACCAAAGCCUGGGCCAAACUCAUGUCUCACUUUCAUUGGGAGUGGGUUGGUGUCAUUCAUGGGGAUGAUGAUUAUGGCAAAAACGCUUUACAAGGGUUUCUGGAAAAUGCAGAAAAUGAGAACAUUUGCACUGCCUUCAUAGAGCCGUUGCCUCACUACCUAGAUUUUAAGGACAUUGAUAUCAUGAUCCAAAAAGUGAUCCAAACCAUCCAAAACUCCACAGCAAAAGUUGUGCUAAUCAUCUUAAGAGAAGAACUUGUGCACAAACUUUUCACCGAGGUGAUCAAACAGAAUAUAUCACGCACUUGGAUAGCCAGUGAUGCUUGGUCAGCAUCAUAUAAUAUCAGUUCCAUGAAGGGCAUCAAUAACAUUGGAGAUGUGUUCGGUUUCAGCUUUAUCACAGGCCCUAGCCCUGGAUUUAAUGAAUAUUUGCAAAAUCUUGCCAUCACCCCAGGUACCGAGAAUAGGUUCAUAAAAGAAUACCAAAAAAUGGGGAAUGAAAAAGACUACUUAACAAACGUAGUGGAUCUCAACCAGGCUUAUCCUGACCGACUGGCUGUGCUAUCAAUCGCGCAUUCCUUAAAGACGAUGUUGAGAUGUAACCAAACUGACUGUUCAGGAAACAAAGAUUUCCCCCCCUAUGAGCUUCUCAAUGAACUGAAACAGGUCAAUUUUACUCUGGAUAAUCAGAGUUUCUACUUCAAUACAUCUGGAAAUUUUGUCAAUGGCUACCAUUUGAUGCACUGGUCACAAAAUAUGUCUAAUGGAAAAAGGAAGUUUGUUGUUGUUGGAGGAUACCAACUGGAGCAAGAACAUGUUAAUAUCGAUAAAGAUUUUCAAUGGUAUAAUUCGAAUAUGGUGAGUGGUAUACCAAUAUCCAUAUGCUCUGAAGUCUGCCCUCCUGGCAAAGCAAAAAAACUUUCAAAACCAUCCUGCUGUCAUGAGUGCAUACCGUGUUUGGAGGGCACGUACUCUAAUAACACAAAUCUUCCGAACUGUCUCCCGUGCCAAAAUGGGACAUGGUCAAAAAAAGGAUGGACAUACUGUGAACCAAAGAAAGAAGUCUAUUGGAAGUGGAAUGGGCCACAAGCGAUAAUUUUCCUAGUGUUUGACCUUGCCGGAUUUCUCCUCUUGUUUAUGAACCUGAUUAUCUACUUGGUGUUUCGUGACAGUCAAGUCAUCAAACAAGCUGGAGGCUACAUUUACCUUCUCAUUAUGGUAGGGUUAGCGCUUAGCUAUACCAGUGUCAUAGUGUAUAUCGGUAAACCCAAUGUUCAUCAGUGUAGGGCACGGCAGAUCCUAUAUGGCCUAGGCUUCUCACUAACCAUCUCAUGUAUCCUGGUAAAAGCCUUACGCACGUUUAUAGCGUUUCUUCCUCCACACCGCCAACACAAUUUCAAAAAAUUCUACAAGCCUCCUGUCAUUAUUGGCUUUGGCGCCUUCGUUCAAGUCCUCAUUUGCAUGUUUUGGCUCAUUUUUGAUUCCCCAUCUGUGGAGACCCUGACGACUGCUGACAGCAUGGAUAUCAUAGUGCAGUGUAAAGAAGGUUCUGGUAUGGGAUUUGGUUUCAUGCUUUGCUACACAGCCUUGCUUGCAAUUAUCUGCUUUAUUCUGGCUUUUAAAGGAAGAAAGGUUCCUCAGCGCUUUAACGAGACUGGACAUAUUAUCCUCAGCAUGUUGAUAUUUCUGUUUGUAUGGGUGUGUUUCGCUCCGAUAUACAUCGCCAAGAUCACAGAGCGCAACUCAAUUCAGGCUGCAGCUAUCUUGGUCUCUUCAUAUGGAAUUAUCUUCUGUCACUUUGUCCCCAAGUGGUACAUGGCCCUUUGCAAGAAGAAGGAUGAGGUCACUAGAGAGGCCUAUAUUGCACAGGCAUGCAAUUACAGAUCAUCAAUUGGCUCCAUUCUUACUACUUCUUCAGGGGUCGGGUCAAUUAGUUCAGAAACUGGACUCCACCUCUCAGUUUCACAGAACUUAGAAAAUACUGGGAUUAGCACAAUUAGCUUAGAAUGUUCUUUGAAUGCAAAUAAACCCUGUAACUAUCAGCCGAUCAUACGGAAAAGGUUACGCAGAAGGUCUAUUUAAAGGAUUUGAAAUCUUCCCACCUAGAAGUAUUAUUAUUCCAAGCAUCUAAU